AUGGACCCCAGUAUCGACACUGAUGGUGACCUGAUACUGGGUGCAUUUUUCCCACUUUACUACAUGAAACCAGAAGCAGCCAGGACCCAUCUGUCUUUCCUAAUGCAGCCAGAGUAUAAAGUGGAAGCAGACAGGUGGCUGUGGAAGAACUACCAAUAUGUGCUGGCCUUCUACUUUGCCAUCCAGGAGAUCAAUCAGGAUCCCCGCCUGCUCCCAAACAAGUCCUUGGGUUUCCAGUUGUACAAUGCCUUGGCCAGUGAACAGUACACACUGUGGAGUGCUCUGUACUGGCUCACAGGGGACCAUAGCAUGAUCCCCAACUACAGCUGCCAGACACAGAGUAAGUCGGUUGUUGUCCUUGCUGGAACAAGCUCAGUGUUUUCUGCUGGAAUUGCCACAAUUUUGGAACUCUACAAAAUCCCACAGCUCACUUAUGGCCCAUUUGAUUCCACGCUGAAUGAUAAGAAGCAGUUCCCCUCACUCUAUCAGAUGGCCACCAGCGACAGCUCUCUGGUCCACGCCAUGAUCUCCCUGCUGCUGCAUUUUGGCUGGACAUGGGUGGGACUCUUGGUGUCUGAUGACGUGAAAGGCGAGCAGUUCAAUCAGGCCAUCCAAGCUGAGAUGGUUAAGAGAGGCAUCUGCUUGGCCUUUGCCUUCAAGCUCCAUGAGACAAGGACAAUGUAUGAAAAACUGAGACCUAUUUCCUUUAUUCGGUCAGCAUUUCCUCUGCAAAUGUGCAUAUCCUGUACAGGCAAAAUCCCAGGACUCAACACUUUUCUCAAGACAGUGAACCCCUCCCACUACCCAGAUGACUUCUACUUCAGGGAACUUUGGUUUCAUUUUUUUCGCUGCCUACCUGUUGGAUCAGUUUGUGGACAAACAGCAGUUUGCCCUCCCAAUGUUUCUUUUGAAUUCUCCCCAGGACACAUUGACAUGCUGACCGUGUCUGACUCCAGCUAUUUAGUGUACAAUGCUGUGUAUGCAGUGGCCCACGCCCUGCAUCGGAUGUUUCUGGAGAAAGUAGAAAUGGGAUUCCCGGAAGACGCAGCUCAACCUCUGAUUCUUCCCUGGCAGCUACAUCCACUUCUGAAGACAACACAGUUCACCAACAAUGCUGGGGAUCAUGUGUCCCUCCACAAAGCAACACCUCGUCAGGCACACUACGAUAUUCACAACAUUGUCAACUUUCCUGCGGGCCUCCAAAUAAUGGUUAACAUUGGAAAGUUUUCCUCUGGGAGUGGACGUGACCAAAGCCUAGUCAUCAGGGAAGACAUGAUAGAAUGGCCUGUUGCAUUCAAGGAGACUCCAACAUCUGUGUGUAGCCAGAGCUGUGGGCCAGGAUCCAGGAAAAUGCCAGAGGAAGGAAGAGCUGUCUGCUGUUACACUUGUGUUUCCUGUGCAGAGGGCGAAAUUUCCAAUCAGACAGAUGCAGAGCAGUGCAUCCAGUGCCCAGAGCAGAAGUACCCAAACACGGAGAGAACUCACUGCCUCCCCAAGCUGGUGACUUUCUUGGCUUUUGAGGAUUUCCUGGGGAUGGCCCUGGCCUGCAUGGCUCUGGUCCUCACUCUCCUCACUGUUAUGGUGUUGGGGAUCUUUGUGAAGCACCAACACACACCCAUCGUCAAGGCCAAUAACCACACCCUCAGCUACAUGCUGCUCAUCUCACUCCUCCUCUGCUUCCUCUGCUCCUUCCUCUUCAUUGGCCGUCCCAACACAGCCACCUGCCUCCUAAGACAAAUCACGUUUGCCCUGGUGUUCACACUGGCUGUUUCUGCUGUGUUAGCCAAAACCAUCACUGUGGUUCUGGCCUUCAAGGCCAUGAAACCUGGAAGGACCAUGAGGCGAUUGCUGGUGUCAGGAGCCCCAAACGCUGUCAUUCCCAUCUGCUUCCUCAUCCAACUGACUCUCUGUGGCAUCUGGCUGGCAACAUCUCCUCCCUUUGUGGACGCAGAUGCACACUCUGAGCAUGGACACAUCAUCCUCUUGUGCAACGAGGGCUCCAUCACUGCCUUCUACUGUGUGCUGGGCUUCCUGGGCUCACUGGCCCUGGGCACUUUCACUGUGGCUUUCCUUGCCAGGAAGCUGCCUGACACGUUCAAUGAAGCCAAGUUCCUGACGUUCAGCAUGCUGGUGUUCUGUAGUGUGUGGGUGACUUUCCUGCCUGUGUACCAGAGCACCAAGGGGAAGGUCAUGGUGGCCGUGGAGGUCUUCUCCAUCUUGGCCUCUGGUGUGGGUCUCCUGGGCUGCAUCUUUGUCCCCAAAUGCUACAUUAUUCUCAUAAAGCCUGAGAAGAAUUCUUUGAAAAGCUUCAGGAAAAAAGUAGGACCUAAGCGUGUCUAG